AUGCCAGUCCCCGUCGCCGUAGCUGCUUCGAUCCCCCAGUACCCCAGGGUCCCUGUCACGAGGGAAGACUUGGAAUAUGCUGGUCUACCGAUCAUUGACCUUUCGAUGGCCGAUACCUACGAGGGCCGCGUGGAACUUGCGAAAGACGUCACCAAGGCUAUGACCACGAUCGGCUUCUUCUAUAUCAUCAACCAUGGGCUGACGCAGGCACAGAACGACCGCAUGUUUGACAUCGCCAACGUCGCGUUCGACCACGUCUCGGAAGAGGAGAAGCAGAUCUACACGACAUCGUUUGAGAAGACUGGACAGUACAUUGGUUACAAGCCCCGUCAGCAAUGGCACAUCAAAGGCGGAGUUAGCGACCAGAUCGAGCAAUAUAACAUGGAUCACGACAUCAUGAAGGACGAACACCCCAAACCACUACGGCCCUUCCUGUCUGAGAUGGACGCUUUCUCCCGUCACUGUCAUUUUCACGUCGUUCACAGCAUCCUGAGAUUGUUGGCGAUUGGAUUGGAGCUUCCUGACGAAGAAGCUCUAGUCAACGUCCACCAAUUCAGCGAGGACAACGAAUCGGCAGCGCGCUUCAUGAAAUACUACCCUCGUACGGACGACGAGGAGUUCAAGACCGACGGAGUCUGGCUGAAAGGUCACACAGACAUCGGCAGCAUCUCUGUCCUCUGGAGUCAGCCUAUCUCGGCGCUGCAGAUUCUGGGUCAAGACGGUAAGUGGCGCUGGAUCCGUCACAUCGACAACGCUCUUGUGAUCAAUGCCGGCGACGUGAUGGAGUUCCUCUCCGGCGGAUACUACAAGGCGACUAUCCACCGCGUCGUCCAGCCACCCGCUGACCAGCGCGGCUACGAACGCCUCGGCGUGUUCUACUUCUGCAAGGCGGACGACAACAUCAAGCUUGUGCCCUUCGCGGAAAGCCCCGUCCUCCAGCGGGUGGGCAUCAAGCGGCUCUGCGACGACGAGGUCGCGCCGACGAUGUUGGAGUGGCGCAAGAGCCGAACCGCGGGGUACGGUGUGACGGAUCUGAAGCUCAACGCGAAGACCGGGCACGAGGAGGAGACCGUUGAGGGCGUCCUUGUUACGCACUACAACUAG